UCACUGAGUUGGCGAUCCUGUACUCGAAGUACAAGCCGUCGAAAAUGCGCGAACACUUGGACCUGUUCUGGUCGCGGGUGAACAUACCGAAGGUGUUGAGGGCGGCCGAGUCGGCCCACCUCUGGGCCGAGCUGGUGUUCCUCUACGACAAGUACGAGGAGUUCGAUAACGCGAUUAUAACAAUGAUGAAUCACCCGACGGAGGCGUGGCGUGAGGGCCACUUCAAGGACAUGAUCACCAAAGUGGCGAAUGUCGAGCUCUACUACCGGGCCAUUCAGUUCUAUUUGGACCACAAGCCGAUGCUGUUGAACGACCUGUUGCUGGUGUUGGCGCCCCGUAUGGAUCACACCCGCUCUGUCAACUUCUUCGCGAAGACCAAUCACUUACCACUGGUGAAGGCAUACCUGCGUUCAGUGCAAAGUUUGAACAACAAAGCGAUUAAUGAGGCGCUGAAUGAUCUGCUGAUCGAAGAGGAGGACUACCAGGGAUUGAGGACAUCGAUUGACGCCUUCGACAACUUCGACACCAUUGCGUUGGCGCAGAGGCUCGAGAAGCACGAGUUGAUUGAGUUCCGGCGUAUCGCCGCUUACCUCUACAAAGGCAACAACCGGUGGAAACAGUCGGUCGAACUGUGCAAAAAGGACGGCCUAUACAAGGACUGCAUGGAGUACGCGGCCGAAUCGAAACAGGCGGACGUGGCCGAGGAUCUGUUGCUGUGGUUCCUGGAGAAGCGCAACUUCACGUGCUUUUCGGCGGUACUGUUCCAGUGCUACGAUCUGAUCCACGCGGAUGUGGUGCUGGAGCUCGCGUGGAGGCACGACAUCAUGCAAUUCGCGAUGCCGUACUUCAUUCAGAUCACCAGAGAGUACAUCACGAAAGUGGACGAACUCAAGGAAGUGGUGGACACCAAACUGGAGGAGUCGGGCUCCGAGCAGAAGUCCCUCGUCUAC